GGAAAUCCGUUCCAGAUUGGCGUGACUUUGCCCUCGAUUGCAGUGAGGAGAAAUGAUAUGUAGACGUAUUGGAUAGUUUUGACUUAAAAUUCACAACACUGUCAAAGAAUGCCUGAGUGAUCAGCCACACAUUCAAAUCACUACCUUUGGAAACCGUAAGUCACACAGUAAACUGAUGAUUGACGCGACGCAACAUUGACAUCGUAUCAAGAUGGGGGCAAAGAGAAAAAGGAAGUUGCAAUGCAAUAUUUGCGAGAAAGUUUUAUUCAGUUUGAAAACUUUGGAAAGACACAAAAGUUUCCAUGUAAACCAUCGACGAGGGUUCAAGUGUGGUAAAUGUGAUAACUUUUUCAUGUCCGACACAUAUUUAAAGAAGCACCGCUGUAGUAGCGUGUCUCAGUCACGUGACCAGCCGGAUGCGCGCGACAAGGAGGACUCGACAUCAGAGCAGGCAAGCAUGCCAGACACUCAAACAUUGCACUAUCAACAAAUAUUUAAGUGUGGGUUUUGCCAAAGUUGCUUCGUUUCGCAAAAAGUUUUGAAUCUGCAUAUGGCAUUGACACCAGCUAAACGACAGCACAGAUGUACAGAAUGCAGAAAACGAUUUCGCUGUGCUCAACAAUUCCACGAGCAUUUUCUUACACAUAGUAGUCUGCUCAAGGUGUGUUAUGUGUGUGGAGAGGUUCUAGAGCAAGACGAGGCAGGUCUUAAACGUCACCUGUCGUCCCAUGCAGAAGUUGAAGAACUGAACUGCGAUCAUUGUUUGAAAGAAUUCGUCACAGAAAGUGAUUUAGAGGAGCACGAGAAGGAAUGCAUUCCUAACAAUAAAGCGAUAUCAGUAAACCGACCAGGUACGGACACAGAAGGUGAUAACAUAGAUAUGGACGACAGUGCGACUUCAGCAAAAGGCAAUGGAGGCGUGUUUACAGAUCAUGACGUAUUGCGUCAUGUGCACCUUGACUUCAGCAUGUCUUCUGGCUCUAAACAGGGAAGGAGUGUGGUAAUUAAGAAAGAAGUCGUAGACGUAGAUGCCUCUCUAGUGCCCACAAGACGCAGCUCGCGCACUUCUCGACCAACUGCGAAAAAAAUGACGUAUGAAAAUUCGGUCAAAGAAGAGAAAGAACUGGUAUUUCGAGUUGACGGGAACGUCUGUGCAGACAAAAUAUCGCUCAACAGCCAUAUGUUAGAACAGGCAGUUGAAGGUACCAAUCAGUGCAAGAUCUGCGAUAAACAAUUUAAGCGCCGUCGCUAUCUGAAAGAUCACAUUAAAGUACACGAGGAACAGGAGCCCCACAGUUGUCACAUAUGUGGAUUGAAAAUAAAGUACAAUCCAUCGAACUUCCGUCGGCAUAUGAAAAAACAUUCUGAUAGCCGGGAGUUCUGCUGCAAUGUGUGUGCAAUGUGUUUCUACAGAGCUGAUGAUCUCCGGGUGCAUAUGAGAACACACUACAAACAGAGCAAGUGUGUCUGUACAAAGUGUGGCAUUGGUUUUUCCACACCAGAUAAACUCGCCAAACACACACGUAGUCACGACGUGAAUACAGACACCCCAUGCGAUAUAUGCGACAAAUCUUUUGUCAGCAAAAUACAGUACCACGACCACUGUGGUCGUGAGCACGGCGGACAGUUCCCAUGCAAGCUGUGUGGCAAAUUCAUGAACUCCAAAUAUUGGCUUGAGAAACACAAACUUGAAUUCCACUUGUCCGAAAUGACCGCCAGCAGUCUAACAGAUAACGAGGAGGACGAGAACGGUACUUCUGGUGAUGUAAAACAUGUCAUUGAAAGCCGAUCUACAUGUAACGAUAAACAACAAACUCUGAUAACACUACCAGAGGUCACUGACGUCGACGAUAUAGAGGAAUCGUUUCAGGAUGCAAGGCAAUAUGAAAAUGAUUCCUCUAACAAAUCGAGUGAAGUGGCCUGUAACACAGCCGACGAAGAGGUAAAGACGACAGGUACUGAUAUAAUACCUAAACUGGAGCCUAUUGAGACUUAUGAAGAGUCAAGUGAUCGCUUUAAAUGUGGAUUCUGUGACAAAGUGUUCGCUAAAAGCGGGAACCUCAAGCGUCAUAUGAACGAGAAUUGCGGGAAAACGUGCUUCAGUAAAGUAACUCUUACUAUUGGUAAAUCUGAAGAUGGGAGGAAAGCAACAAGGAAGCCCCCUGCAAAAGACCAGCAGUGUCCAGAAUGCUCGAAACGAUUUAGUCGGCGUUGUGACCUAUUGCUCCACAAACGCGUCCACGCUGGUAUUAAGAACUAUGUUUGUGAUGUAUGUAGCUCCUCUUACUUCUCUUUAAGCAAUUUGAAUCGACAUAAGGAAAUUCACGAAGGUCGAUCAAACAAUGUGUGCCACGUGUGUGGGAAGUCAUUCGCCUGUAGGAACUACCUUUUCACACAUAUAAAACGCAUACACGAGACUGACAACAGCAAAGCCGACAGAUUUCAAUGUGAGGCAUGUGCCACGAGUUUCACCUCCUACUCGAACUUCAAGCGUCACCAACGGAUCCACUCCGGGGAGCGGCCCCACAAAUGUAACGUUUGUAACAAAGCUUUCCGUCGCACGGACGACCUUGCCAUGCACGUGAAAACGCACUCAUCAGUUAGGCCACAUAUAUGCGAAAUAUGUAACAAAAGUUUUAAUCAGCGACAUAAUUUGAAGAAACAUUUGAAACGACACGAUCAAGUUUCGAAACCGAUCUACCGAUGUCCGGAAUGUAAAAAGUCGUUUCGUCAGAAGAAGGCGUUUAAUCGACACUUAGCUGGUCAUGGCAACAUCAGCGAAUAUGCAGAGCAGAAGCUACAACCUAUCUACAUGGAAUCUACAAUUGAUGACAUGGAUACACAGGCUACUGUGACGACUGAUCACACACAGUACUCGCGAACAGCUGAUGCUAUAGCGGCAGCCAUAUCGUCUAUUCAGCGUCAGGAGCAAGGCCAGCAGGCAUCUGCUGAAACGGGUCAGUCCGACGUUUCCUUGGGUCAGAACGACAGACAGGUAAUAAUCGUCCUGCCGAGCGGAACAGUUGCGCCUUACCAGUGUAACCUAUGCAGCAGCGAAUUCCCGGAAAUCGGCCAGCUCGUCGCUCACAUGGUGGAGCAUGGUUAGAAAAUAGAACACGUGACUAUCACAUGAUCAGGUGAAGGGAGAUGACUCAUUUGAAGAACUGUUUUUGUGUUGGGGGUGGGGGAUAGUAAUCGCAUUUUUACAUGUAUAUACUUCUUUAUUUGAUCAUUCAUGUCACUAUCCUACUUCUGGUUUGAAAUGAAAUAUAUUCUACAUUUGGGUUAAAAGAAUACCACUACAACUAUGUACAGUAUUUGUGUUCCGUAGUGAUCAUCAUUGGAGAAAUCUGGAUAAAACCACGAAGCUUUGCCUAUACGCUAGGAAUGAACAUAUUUUUUGUAUUUGCUAACGAAGGGGAUUGUAUAUGUAAAUAUUAGUUUUGUUUCAUUUGCUGAAAUUACAUUGAUGUAUGCUUUUGAAAAUAUUAUGGAAUUGGUGUUCAAUCAUGUUGAGUUUCUUUGUACAGGUCAGUAAUAGUAUAUUCAUAUGAUCUACUUGUAGCUCCGCUCUUUUGAACCUACAUGUACACCAAUUUACAUGUACCUCAAAUGUUACAUGUGGCACGUGAUUGGCUUUGUGUAUGUGUAACAAGUAAUUAUCAAUACUUCAAAUCUGGAAUUAGGCAUAGAACCUUAUCUCGAUUUCUCCAAGGCGUUUUAUGUUAGAACACUUUUAAUGAAGUGGAAUCACUUAACUUUAUCAGUCAAUCGGAGCCGCAGGCUAAUGCCUUUAUAAAUGUAACAUAUCAUACAUAUUGAAUGAUUGCAGUGUUGUCCUGGGUUAAAAUGUAGGUCUUUCUGAUAGACAACGUCGUUUUGCCCAUAUACAGCAAAUAUAAUGUAAGGUUACAUGGAGAAAGCUUAUGAAGUUCAGUUGUCAAUUGAUAUGCAGGACGGACGUCGGACAUACAUAGGCGAUACCACCUUUACGACUCAGUAAUAGAUGGAGUAUGCCAAAAAUGAAUUACGCUGCAUAGAAGCAUCGAUAUUGAUCAUUUACACAAAAGUGAAUUAUUUUUGUGAAACCAAUCCUGUUACAUGUACGCCAUGGAAAAAAGAAUUUGAGAUCACACGAAUGAUCAUUUGAGUAAUUGCUAUCCGUCUUUGUCCGUCCUCUGGUGUUGUGUGCUAGCAAAUUCUUCAAAAUAACAUGCAUUGAUUGACCCAAA